AUGCUGCACCUGCAUCGGCACUUGAAUUUCCUUUGGUUCCUCUGCGCACUCUUGGGAUUCUUUGCGGACCCUGCAAGAGCGGAAAUCGAGUAUAAUACCAUCAACGAGGAUGGAUCUUUUCAGUUUCGACAUGCAAAUGAUGACAUUGGCGGCUACUAUCACAGCGCCUCGGGCACUCCGGACAACACGGUGCGAGGUCGCUACGGUUCGCGGAGUCCGGCGAGCGGCCAGAUCGAGGAGACCGUCUACACAGCCGGACCACGUGGAUUUCGCGCGAACGGACCGAAGAUCCAUCGCAAAAUGGACCUGGCCCAGUAUCCGGUACUGCCGCGCGGAAGUCCCGACGAUCCGCUGGCCGAUCCCUUCGAUGAUCCCUCAUACAGCUUUAGCUAUCGCACUCCGGAUCAAUCGCGCAGCGAGGAGAAUGAUUCGGGCAACAGGAUAAGGGGACUUUACUCCUACCUGGACGACGUGGGCGAGCGGCACAGUGUUCGCUAUGCAGCUGGAGCCGGAACCGGUUUCGAGAUCUCCAAUGCCGUGCCGGACAGUCCGUCCACGGUGGCCUACUCCAGUCCGCUGUACAAGUCGCAUCCCAAGACGCGCGGCAAGAUGGCGGUGCAAAGGGGUCCGGCGGGUAGCUACAAGCUGAUUGCAUCCGGUCCGGAUCACCGGCGGGCAGAGAGUCGAGCUCCGGAUGGCCUGGUGCGCGGCACCUACUCCUUCCUCGACGACAAGGGUGUGCAGAGGACAGUGGAGUAUAUAGCAGGGGCGGGAAUUGGCUACAGGGUGGUGCAAAACCGCAUAGGUCCCGGUACCCACAUCAAUCCCUCGGUGGCUGAUUUCCGUCUAGCGGAUCCUGACUUCCGACUGGCUAAUGAUUUUGGCAGGGGUGCAGGCGGCGGUUUGGGUCCAAAGGCAGGAGGAGGGGGAGUGGGUGGAUCAGGUGGCUCAGGUGGCUCGAGUGGUUCAGGAGGAGCAUCGGGAUCUGCAGGAUCAGGUGGUGCAGGUAGGGGUCGCACCUCUAGCAGACCCGGUGGCAAGGAAUAUCUGAAGCCAGCUGAUAGGAAUCAAGGGGAAGGAGAUGCUACAGAUGAUGAUAUCGGAUCCGCAGAUGAUAACCAAGGGGAUGACGGCGGAUUGAGCACCAGUUCCUCUGGUUCCACCAGUUUCAAUGGCAAAGAAGAUCGCCGGGGAUUCCCAGCGGGAAGUUCCCAAAGGGGCAGCACUAGAUACGAUGGAGGAGGGGGUACUUCGCAGAGAGGUGGAGCACAAGGUGGUGGUUCCACAAGGACCAAUGCCAGUGGAUCCAGAAACAGGAACCGAUUCGGAGGAAGUGCCUCCGCUGAGAGGGGAGGAGGAGGAGGAGGAGGAACAAGGGGAGAAGUAGCAGGCAGUCGUCGUGGAGGAGGCGGCUCCUCCUCCUCCUCCUCCGCCGAAGGCGACUCUGGCCUGGGCUACCUGCCGCCCACAGGUGGAUCGGGCACUAGUGCCAUCAGCGGACCCGGGGACAAUUACCACCUCAACGACGACGACGUUGGAAGUUCAUUGCCUCCCUUGGUCACCGCCAACCAUCGCAUCCUGGAGAUCGAUCGGGACAGGGAGUGGGUUCAGAGGCAUCGCGAUUCCACGGUGAUCAAGAACGUGGGUAAGUGGUAUGUGGGUCUGCCGCCGGGCCAAAGUGUUCGUGCCCAUGUCCAGAACAUCGAUAUAGUGCCCCUGGGCGGAAGGAUAGGUCUCUCGCCAUCGGAGGCACUGCGUCAGGAUGAGAUCGCCGAGCUGAAUGCCUCCAGGGAACACUGAUCCUCCGCUGGAGCCCCUAGUUCGUAGUGCUUAGCUAGGUUAAGUAACCCACAACUGGGUUGACUCCACAUGGAAACUGUAACAGUAUUUAAAGCGGAAUACAUUUUAUGUCUCUGUAUCUGUA